AUGCCAAGGAAACUUAACAUGGUAUUAGAGCUAAGAUCCGCACACUCUCAUGACCCGGCCCAGAAAGGAUAUUUAGUGAAAGCUACGAUUGAAAUCAAGGUGGAUUCUGGGACAAGUGCUUUGGAGUGUUUUGGGAAUCAGCAGCACAAGAAGAAACUCGCAGCUGAGGAGGCAGCAGAAGCAGCGCUCUGGUUAUACUCUUGCGACAGACAAAGCUUCUGGCCGCCCAAGACAGGCAACGUGAAGCAGCCAUGUGAAUUAACUUAA